AUGACUCCAGUAUAUAAGUAUUACGUCUUGCCAGGGAACUUUGAAUUCAAAUACUACCUAUCGAUUAUGGCAAACAUACUUGAGAACCGUUUUGCAUCAAGGCUCAAUAUAUUUACGCUACUAAGGGCGUGUUUCGGGCCGGGCAGAAUUAUCCCUCCAAAGACACAAGAACGGCUAAACAGACCGUCACACAUGAAUGGUAGCAAGUAUGUUCAAGAAGAAAACCCAAAGCGCACCAUUGGAGCUCUUGACGCUUCGCCGAACGGACAAACAAGUGACUUCACAAUCACUAGAGUUAUAUCUAUCAAUUAUGAUGCGAAGGGCUCAAUGGUACUUAUUGAAUUUGGGUCUGAAGAGGGUGAAAAACAAGGUUGGUAUGAAUAUGAGGAAAUUCGAAAGAAUCACGGCAUGAGCGAAGCGCUAGCCAAAUUUCAGCCAACUUGGGAUUUAGCGAAACCCGCAGGCCACCAGCUACGUGGUUAA